AAGCAACGCCCCCUCUCUAAAAACGGCGGCCUCUCAUCAUGGCCAAAUCGUCCUCCUCCGCCCCUUCCCCCCAAAUCCAUCCAAAAUUGAACCCAAAGAUUCCUCCUGAGAAGCAAAGCGGGUUGAAAUCUAGUCCCGAAGCUUGCCCCGGCGAAGCAGAACCCAACUGAAGCUGCACGGCACGCCGUGAUGGGGAUCCCCGUCCGGUCUCUCCUCGUCGCCACGCUCGUCCUCAAUUCGAUCGCUUUGCACGUCGCGGCCAAAACCCUAGAUCCCUACAAGGUUCUUGGAGUUGACAAGAAUGCCAGCCAACGAGAUAUUCAGAAAGCCUUUCACAAGCUUUCCCUAAAAUAUCAUCCUGACAAGAACAAAGGCAAGGGUGCGCAGGGAAAAUUUGAAGAAAUAAACAAUGCGUACGAGAUUCUGUCUGAUGAAGAGAAGAGGAAAAACUAUGACCUGUACGGAGAUGAGAAGGGUAACCCAGGAUUUGAUGGUGGAAAUGUUGGGAAUCGUGAGGGUUAUACAUACUUCACUGGUGGUGGCCCCAAAACCAGCUAUUUCUCAUCUGGUGAUGGAUGGCACACAAUGGGUGGUCAGGGAAAUACAAAAACAUUUUCCUUUUCAUUUGGUGGUAACCCUGGGGCCGGCGGUGGAAACCCAUUUGGUUUUGAUUUUGGUGAUGUUUUCUCCAACAUUUUUGGUGGUGGAUCAAUGGGAGGUAGCCAGCAUGGUGGAUCAGGUGGCUCGGCCAGAGCUAAUACAGAAACUUCUGGUCAGCAUUCUAGCACUAUCAAGAUGCAGGAUGUCACCACACAGGUUUUCAAUAAAGAAAUAGCUGAUCAAGGAAUUACUUGGCUUCUGUUGUUUUAUACACCUCAGUCAAAAGGUCAAUUUGUGCUAGAAAGUGUCAUGCAUGAUGUGGCCCAUUCAUUGGAUGGUGCUCUGAGGGCUGGUAAGGUCAACUGCGAUAAUGAAAAAGCUCUUUGCAAAAAGGCUGGUGUUUCAUUAGGAAAAUCAGCCCGCCUCUUCAUUUAUUCGUAUGCCACUACAGAGAAAGGAUCUUUGCAUGAGUAUUCUGGAGAACAUGAUGCUAAGAGCUUGAAGACAUUUUGUAAAGAACACCUGCCAAGAUUCUCCAGACGGGUAGAUAUUAACCAAUUCAGCUUCCCUUCAAAUGUCCUACCAAAUCUUCCUCAAGUGCUCCUACUUUCAACUAAGAAGGACACACCAGCAAUGUGGCAUGCUGUCAGUGGGAUGUUCCGCAAUCGGUUAAUUUUUUAUGAUGCAGAGGUUCAUGAUGUUUCCCUUCCGCUGCUCAAAAGCCUUGGCGUCAAGAAUCUUCCAGCUCUGAUUGGUCGAACUGUUAAUGGUGAGGAGCACCUUCUGAAGGAUGGUAUUUCAGUGAAAGAUCUCAGAUCCGGUAUCAAAGAAUUGAAGACUCUGCUAGAUAGUUUUGAGAAAAAGAAUAAGAAGCUGGCAUCGAAUCAAGCUCAUAAGAAAUCUUCUCAGAUGAGUCACCGGGAAAAAAACAAAGUUCCUCUCCUCACAGCUUCCAAUUUUGAAGAAAUCUGUGGAGAGAAGACUUCAGUAUGUAUCAUUGGUGUUUUUGGAUCAAACAAAGCCAAGGGACAGCUUGAAGCAGUCCUGUCUGAGAUAUCUAAGAAGACUCUGAUCAGGGGCCAGAACUACAACUCCGGAAACACAGUCUCCUACGUUUUGUUGGACAGGAACAAGCAAUCCGCAUUCCUGUCAUCGUUUGACAAGUCGGGAUACAAGUCAUCUGAUAAGCUUCUCCUUGCCUACAAGCCUCGCCGGGGGAGGUUCGCUGUGUACAACGACGAGGUGACACUGGAAGAAGCCGAAAGGUUCGUGGGCUCCGUUUUGAAUGGAGACGUUCAGCUGUCAGCGACCAAACAGAAGCCUGUCCUUUAGGCAGACGCAGCUAUUGCACAUUUUACAGGAAUUUUAGUUCUAACCGUGUACGCAUUAUCCGGAAAGUAUGUACAUAGCUGAACGAAGAGAGUAAAAUGUAUAGUUGUUGGACGGUUUUGUCGUUCCGUAAUCCAGAAUUACUGACAUAUCUCCCCAACACCCCCUGCCAAUGUAAAUGUGCGGAUGUUACAGUCCUGUUAAGACGUGGAAUAUACAGUCGACUUUUGCUA